GCACAAUAUGUCGCUCGCGGUACCGAUCAAGGACUUGGACCAAUGGACGCAUGUGAAGGAAACCAACGCCGACAAACUCAUUGUGGUGGAUGUCUACCAAGACUGGUGUGGACCGUGUCGAGUGUUGGAACCCACGUACAAACGUAUCAGUACCGAGACUCCAGGGGGCGACUCGAGGGUGCUGUUUGCAUCUGUGUCGGCGACGUUGAAGAUUGAAAACAUUGCCGACAACCAAUGCUGCAAGCCUCGCUUUGUGCUCUAUCGGGACAAGAAGAUUGUGAGCGACAUUGUUGGUGUGAACGUCCCAACGCUGGAAGCAGCAGUGAAGCAAAAUUUGCCUGCGCGCAAGAGCGACGACGAUGGAGACCCGUAGAAAGGCUGGGUCUACUAGAACCAUAAUGGAACUAAAACAUGUAUGUGAUGUUAUAAAUGCUGACGUCAACCAAAAUUGUUGUCAACGCCAAGAGGGCUGUCGAGUUCAAACGAAGGCUCAGAGUCGGUCGAACUGCAGCUGUACUCGUCGGGGGAGUUCAUGGGGACCAGCGCCUGAGUGUCCACAAUGUAUCCAGAGGGACAAAAGGAAGGUGGGGAAUGGGGGGGUGGAGAUGGCAAAAAAGACGCGGGGGUCUCGUCGUUCUCUUGGUACAAAGGAUCCCUGUAGACACACACGAUCUCGUGGUCAAUACAUCAAACGGGG